GCAGCCAGUUGCCUAAAGCAUUCCACAACGUUAACACGCAUAGCCCGAGCCGAAUUACGAUUUUUUCCUCAUCCAAAGUCGAAAAAGUUUUUUGUGUAUUUGGCUAUUCAUUUUUUUGCGCCAACAAAAUAUUGCAAGUUAAAUAAAGGCAACUGCAUCCAGCCAAACAUGAGCUUCACACGCCAACUGUCCGAGAUGAGCGCCAGCGAGCUGAACGAUGCCAUCGACGAUACGAAUUUUCCACAGGCGCAUAUCAUAUCGCGUGGGCGCAACAAUAGUGUCUGCUCAACAAGUAGCACUUCCGGCACCUCCUCGCUGGCGGAUCGUGUGGUUGCCCAGCCGGAGGAGACGCAGCCGCCGUCGUCAACUGGCAGCGAGGAGCCAGCUCCCAUCAAUCCCAAUCGACCACGUCUCAUACUGAAGAGCAGCACCAGCAUACCGGAAAAUGAUGGUACACAAUCGUCGUUAACACCACAGACACCGCGUACAUCGACGACGCCAGGCCAUGAGAACUGCACUUUUCACCAUGAUCUGGAGCUGGAUCACAAGCCGCCAACACGUGAGGCAUUGCUACCUGAUAUGGCGCGCUCCUACCGCCUGCUGUUGGGCGGCCUCGGCGAGAAUCCCGACAGACAGGGCCUGAUCAAGACACCGGAACGUGCUGCCAAGGCUAUGCUGUAUUUCACCAAGGGUUACGAUCAGAAUCUGGAGGAUGUGCUUAAUGGCGCCGUCUUUGAUGAGGAUCAUGAUGAAAUGGUCGUUGUGAAGGACAUUGAAAUGUUUUCCAUGUGCGAGCAUCAUUUGGUGCCCUUCUAUGGAAAAGUGUCUAUCGGUUAUUUGCCAUGCAAUAAGAUUCUGGGUCUCAGCAAGCUGGCUCGCAUCGUGGAAAUCUUUUCGCGUCGUCUUCAGGUGCAGGAGCGCUUGACCAAGCAAAUUGCAGUUGCUGUAACACAGGCAGUGCAGCCAGCAGGUGUUGCUGUUGUUGUUGAGGGCGUACACAUGUGCAUGGUCAUGCGUGGCGUGCAGAAAAUCAAUAGCAAAACUGUUACCUCGACUAUGCUUGGCGUAUUUCGCGAUGAUCCAAAGACGCGCGAGGAGUUCCUAAAUCUAGUCAAUAGCAAAUAAAUCUAUAUAAAUUGUAUAACUUUUUUGACUUGUGUACAAAAUUUUUGUUGAAAUUUUUUAAUUUCGUUUAGUUCAAUUUGCAAGACGACAGACGAGAAAAAGCAUCGCGAAUUUUGGUGUUGGUAGUUUUACAUAAAUAAUAUUUGUUCAUUUAAAA